AUCAGUUUGCUCUUGAAUUGUUUCUCAUUUGAGGACUUUUUAUUUGAUCUGAUUAUGCAAUUUCAGUUUAAAUUAAUCCGAAUGGAUUCGAGUCUCUAUAGCUCAAUAAAACUAAAAUGGGUUUCUCGUUAUAUUGGUUGGUUAAUUCAUAGUUCUAUACAAUUCUCAGUUGAAUAUCGCAUAGUAACUUCCACUAAUUGUUGAUCAAAAAAAAACUUCCACUAAUUAAAUGGGAUAAGUUACACAACUAAACUACACACUUGUUUCUUCGUCAACACUGAACUGUUUAAUUUUCUGAUUUAUGAUAUUUAACGUUUUAAAUGACCAAAGAAUAUAUAUAAACAUAUACGUGUACUGCGGUUCUUAUUAACCUCACAAUAAAUACAACUUCAGUUGUACAAAAAAGUACUAACAUAAGUUUUUUAAACUCUACGUUAGUUGUGUCUUCCUUCUUUCUACCUCUCCUUUUCCCUCAUGAUCACAACAAGCAAGAGUCAGAGAUAUUUGUUACGGUUUCUUGUGCUCCACGGUGGAGCUACGGCCGCCGCAGCUCCCUCCAGCGAGAAAACGCUCUCUCAGACACCCACUUGGGCCGUCGCGGUCGUCUGCACAUUUCUCAUAAUCAUUUCCCAUUUCCUUGAAAAGGGUCUUCAUAGACUCGGCAAUUGCUUAUGGAAAAAGCAGAAAAACUCUCUGCUCGAAGCCUUAGAGAAAAUCAAAGCUGAGCUGAUGAUUCUUGGAUUCAUUUCUUUAUUACUCACCUUUGGAGAAACAUACAUUCUCAAGAUCUGUGUUCCUUCGAAAGCUGCUCUCUCUAUGUUACCAUGUCCAUCUGAAAAGAUGAACACUCUGGCUCCGUCUCUUAGCAAACAUCUUUUGGCUGCUGGUGAUUUAUCUGUGAAUUGCAAAAAUGGAUCUGAGCCACUAAUAACUUUGAAAGGGUUGCACCAACUUCACAUCUUGUUGUUCUUCUUGGCUAUUUUUCAUGUUCUUUAUAGUUUAAUAACCAUGAUGCUUAGUAGGCUUCAGAUUCGUGGAUGGAAAAAGUGGGAGCAAGAGACAUUAUCUCAUGAUUAUGAGUUUUCUGUUGAUCAAACAAGACUUAGGCUCACUCAUGAGACUUCUUUUGUGAAAUUGCAUACAAGUUUCUGGACAGCAAUUCCUUUCUUCUUUUACGUCGGGUGCUUCUUCAGGCAGUUCUUUGUAUCUGUGGGAAGAACAGAUUACUUGACCCUGCGCCACGGAUUCAUCUCUGCUCAUUUAGCUCCGGGAAUAAAGUUCAACUUUCAGAGAUAUAUCAAAAGAUCUCUCGAGGAUGAUUUCAAGUUAGUAGUUGGAAUAAGUCCAGUUCUUUGGGCAUCAUUUGUGAUAUUCUUGCUGUUUAAUGUUAAUGGAUGGAGAACAUUGUUUUGGGCAUCAAUACCUCCAGUGCUAAUAAUUUUAGCUGUUGGAACAAAGCUUCAAGCGAUUUUGGCAACAAUGGCGCUAGAAAUCGUAGAGACACAUGUAGUAGUACAAGGGAUGCCUCUAGUGCAAGGUUCGGAUCGAUACUUUUGGUUGGAUUGCCCUCAACUGCUUCUUCAUCUUAUUCACUUUUCCUUGUUUCAGAAUGCUUUCCAGAUAACACACUUCUUCUGGAUAUGGUAUUCUUUUGGAUUAAAAUCAUGCUUCCAUAAGGAUUUCAACCUUGUAGUCAUAAAACUCUUUCUAUGCCUAGGAGCUUUGAUCUUAUGCAGCUACAUCACUCUCCCGGUGUACGCUCUGGUGACUCAGAUGGGUUCACACAUGAAGAAAGCAGCGUUUGAUGAACAAAUGGCAAAGGCAUUGAAGAAGUGGCAUAAAAAUAUCAAAAUGAAGAAAGGAAAAGCAAAGAAGCUCCUUAGCAAAACACUUGGUGGUUCGGGGAGUUUCAGCAUCUCCCCCUCUUCCUCUGGAACCACUCUACAUCGUUCCAAAACCACUGGUCACUCUUCUAACGCCAUAUACUACAAACAAGAAGAAGAACACGAAGAAAUAUCUGAUCUUGAAGCUGGUGCUGAGGAUGCUACUAAAAGGUUUCAAGAACAGCAUAAGCCAUUCCACCAUUCUUAGCUGUUUUUAGUGUACUUUUAUUAUUACUUAAAGGUUUAGAUGUUGUGAGAAAACAAUGUUUCUACUGAUUAGCCAACAAUAGACUUAUUUAUAUUAACUAAAUCUACAGACGACAUAUUAGA